CGGCGGCACACGACAGAAGGGACAACGACGAGAACUCGACAUGCGACAGGGUCACGCGGCGUGGCUGUGGAUGGCGGCGCUGUGUCUGUUCAUUCCUUGUGCAUGCGCUCUAGUUGUCGAACGGUACGUCUCGACAUAGUGACGGAUUGAAUGGAUUCCAGAGGAAUCGCCAUGGCUCAUGGCGCGAGAUGCUCUGUAGGCCGUGCUGUCGCGCGAUGGAUCACAUUCCUGCACUGUUUGGAGCGAAUGUGUCGAACCACGUCGACUUCGUGCGCCGCGAAAUCGUCAAGGUCGAGCCAUUCGAUGCGUGCACAGGGGACAUACAGAACGACCUGAGCGGGAAAAUUGCGCUCAUUCUCCGUGGAGAGUGCAACUUUGCCUGGAAGGUGUGGCAAGCACAGAAGGCGAAUGCGAUUGCUGUCGUCGUGAUGGACGUACAACCGCGAACACCCCACGAACUGUGGGAAGUGCAGAUGGUAGGCGACAAAUACGCGUCGGACGUCCAUAUUCCGUCGGUAUUUGUGUCGCACGAGACGGGGAAUGCAAUCCUCGAAAGUCUUGAAGACCAAGUCGUCCUUGUCACCAUGAACGCCACUGGGCAUCGGACAUCGUUGCAACGGAGGCACCACACCGUUCUGGAAGGCGUCGUGCUCUACGCGCUGUCAACGUCCGCAAUGUUUCUCGUCCUCAGCGGCGUGUGCUUCGUAUUUUCCAACGCGGCGUCGUGGUACCAGCGCACAGAACGCACGCGCGCAGCCAAGCGGUUGCCUGUGAUGGCGUACGAGACGAAGGGCGAUGACGACGACAGCACGUGUGCAAUUUGCUUGGAGCUGUUUGAAAAGAAGGUCCUGGUCAAGAUGCUGCCAUGCCGACAUGAAUUCCACCAUACGUGCAUUGAUCCGUGGUUGGAGAAGCAGUCGAGUCAAUGCCCCCUUUGCAAGCAGGAUGCGCUGUGUUUGGGAGGAGGGUCGUGCGAGCUGCUGCCGUUGCCAUCGCCCAUGUCUUUGCAUGGUCCUGUGACGUCGUCUCCAUUCCAGAUGCUCAUGUACACGUGCAUGAUUUUGCCGAUCGUGAUGCUUGCGAUUGUGCUCGGGGUGCUGUUUUGACCCGACGAAUGUAUAGUCAACUUAAUGCAUGGGGGCGUCCUCGGCCUUGAUGGUGCUUUUCCACCGCUUCCAAGAUUGGUCCAGCGCGUCGUGCGCGUUGAGUUGGACCCGAUAUAGCGCUGCAAACAUCUUGAGACCGGCGUCGUACGGGUUUUGAUAGCCGGGGGGGGUUGGCACUCCUCGCAUAAACUCGUCGUGGCUACCCGCUUGGAGAAGCGCAUUCAAGCAUGACGAAGACAUCCGUCGGACGUGUUGUGGAGCCGCCGCAUCUUGGUUGCACUGGUCAUCAUCGGCGCCUUCGAGAGCGAAACGGACAGUGCCGUGCCUACGACAACGGGCAACAUGUCCAAAACGAGUCGACAAUGGCAU